GAUUUCAGUCUGUCCUGUGCAAUUUCAAUUACGAUUGGUUGCAAUAUGGCCGCAAAUGUACAAUCGCGCAAAAAUAAUUACGAAAAACCACGAGGGAUUAAGAAAAUUUUUAAAAAUUAAUCGAUAAUAAUUUCCUGGAUCGAAUGAAAAAAUAGUCAGACAUUCUGAAAUGAUAAUUGUUUUUUUUCACGUGCUGUUUCUUCUCGGCAAAUUCAUCUACCGGAAUUAUCGGGAUGAUGAUCCCCCAGGGGAUGAUGCUGAGGAAAACCAUGAGAUCGAGGGCUCGACGAGCGUCGAGGUGAAUCCAUCGGAGAAAAAAAAACGAGUCUCGUCAUACGAUAAUAAUUUUUAUGGGGAAGAGGGUGAUAAAAUCAGAUUCUCACCACCCGCCUACAUUCAGAGAUACCACGCCGUUGCUACACUUCUCCAGAGAGAUGAGUUCGAAGGACAAAUUCGAAAAGUCGUGGAUUUUGGAUGUUCAGAGCUCGGAUUUUUUCAACAUUUAAAAAACACCAGAGGAAUUGAAGAGAUUUUGUGUGUCGACGUCGACAGAGAAACUCUGGAAAGGAAUAAAAGAAAAGUAGAACCCCUCACCUGCGAUUAUUUGAGUACCAGAGACGUUCCAUUGACCGUACAUAUCCUGGAGGGCAGUGUUACGGAUAAUGACGAGUACUUAGAAAAUUGCGAUGCAGUCAUCUGCAUUGAAUUAAUUGAACAUUUGUAUCCAGACACUUGUCUCAAUCUUCCCCUCAAUAUUUUCGGUUUUAUUCAACCGAAAGUCGCAGUGUUCACGACUCCAAACGCGGAUUUCAAUGUUUUAUUCAAAGGAAUGACUGGAUUUCGACAUUGGGAUCACAAAUUCGAAUGGAGUAGAAAAGAAUUUGAGGACUGGGCGAGCAACAUAACGACAAGAUAUCCAAAUUACCGAGUGGAAUUCUCUGGAGUCUGCAGUGGUCCCCCAGGAUCAGAGAAUUUGGGGUGCUGCUCUCAAAUGGCGACAUUCAUUCGUCAAUCAGAGAAACCCCGAAUACCAUGUACCCCAGGUCUUUUCAAGCUGGUAUCAACAGUGAAAUUCCCUUAUCGAAUCGACAAUCGUUCUUCCACUGAGAAGAUCGUGGAAGAGGCCACGUAUUAUCUACGUCAUUAUUCCCUGAACAGCGGGAAGGAGUUAAUGGGUCUGGAGAUGUUGGCAAAAUGGAUAGACAGAUUGUCAGUGAAUACGUUGACGAAUAUUGUGAAGGCGGAGGGCUGGCCGGUGGUGGAUGACGAGGAAAUGGGCCCCUCAGUCCUCUGUCCUCCCUUGUCUGAGUAUUCAGGGUGCUCUGAGGAUGGUGCGGAUCACUGGGGGACCGAAGAACCGUGGCAGCAGGACUGGCUAGGGAAUUGUGAUGCUGAUGAAGAGAAUUGUGAUGAUGAUGAAGAGAAUUGGGAUAAUGAGAGUGAAUCAUUUGCCGCUAGUCACCAAAUAGAAGAUUUUUGUGGUAAUUUUCAGGAAUGUGAUGAAAAAUUGAGGACUCCAGGGAAUUCCAAAGACUCCCGAGAGUACAGGGGAUGUUCUCACGAUUCUGGUGAUUAUUUAAUCGAGUCUCCGGGGAAAAGAGCGCCAGCUGUCGAAUUGGAGUCAUUGAAUGCUGAUGUCACACUCGACAGCAUCUGCAGCAUGUACUUUCAACCCUCUACCUGUGAAAAUAAUCAAAAUUUUCCAAAUAAUGUGACGAAUGAGGAUUUCAAUGAUGAAUUAGUGGGUGAUUGCUCCAGUUGUCUACGAGACUCUUUUCCUGGGAAUAAACCGAAUUUUACUAGCACUCCAGUGCCACUGGAACGUAGGAGAAUCCAAAAGCCCCAGAAAAAUUCCUGUCAAAAAGAAUUCUCACAAUUGUCAGACACUUGCAGCUCAUGCCAACAGGAAAAAAAUGAGGUGAUGAGAAAAUUAAAAGCCAGUAAUUCAAAACGGAGAAAAUCUGUAAACGAGUCAAACCCGUCAAUUGAAACUCCAAAGGGUUUUAGUGAGCAGGAAUUUUUGUUAGAGAAUACGAAAAAACCGAUUUUUAAUGAUAAAUUGGAUUUUUGCAAAGUCAGGGGAAAAAAUGAAUCAGAAAAUUCCGGGAUGACGAGACCGUUAUCUCUCUGUACCUCUGGUGAUCUCCAAAAUACUGGCAAUGGAACCCUGAAGGAUGAUGCGGAUAAAAUGAUGUCAGAGGCGAAAGGCAGUCCUCCGAACAGUUGGUCACCUGAAGUUAUGGACUCUGGAUAUCCAAAUACAUCCUCAGCCCAGGAUAUUACUCCAGAGUGUGAGUUAUCCAGCAUUGGACAGGACAGAAUAUCAGAAUCAGAGUCUCCAAGUCUUGCUGAACCCCCAAGGCCACUAGAGGUUCACGAAGUUGAAAAUGGGGACCUGGCGAACAAUAAUCGCGAUGGAGAGGGCAACAACGUAAUUGCCCUGGGGGAGAACGAGCUUGAUGACCUCCAGCCUCUCAUCAAUGUCCUGGAGAAUGAUUUGGAGAAUGAAAAUGAUAUUUAUGAUUUUCAGAAUGGCUUUCCCUUGUGGCUUUUGAGGAUUCUCGAUGCUGAAGGGGCACUUCAUGCUGUUAAUAUUCACAGGGAUGAGGGAUUCGACAGUUCCGAUGAUGAAGACAGGGAGGAAGUGGAUGAAAAUGAAAAUAUCGAUGAGAUUUGAGUGAGGUUGGAUGGGGUCAGAGGAUGUUUCAAAAUAAUUGAGAGAGUAGGAUGAAUGAAUUAUUACAUUUUGCUAUGAUGUAUUAUAUUUAAUUCUGAGGCUGUGGUCGACUGUGAAGGUGAAAGCAAUAGGAUAAGAUUUGAUUCAAAUAUUGAUGGCACAAAAUGUAUUGUCGAAAUGUUCUUCCAAAAUCUCUUUGAAUCGUACAAACAUAAGUUUUUUUAUUUUCAAUUAUUCAAGGUGAGUUAGUUUUUAAUAUUUGAUGGAUUAUCUUUUGUUCGAGGAAUAUAUUCGAUAUAAAGUGAUAUAACGGGAAAUAAAGUGGAAAUAUUAUGAUUCCACCCAAGACUGAAAUGGCAUAUCUGAUGACUUUGAUGAGAUUAAUACAAUAAAGUUUGGACAAAUAAAGAAUUCCAUAAAAGUA